UUAACACCGCGAAGGAGACGUAGAUUAUUGUCCUAUGAAAUGAGAGCAUGACCAGCAAACACAGCCACGAGCACCACCCCUAUGAUUAUACAGUUCUUUAUCAUUUCUUUUUACAUAAUCGCUAACAUGAUCGAAGGUCUGCUGCCUGAUAACAAUGUCUGUAUAAACUUUUGACAAGCCGCUAGCUCUGCUCAUUUGAUGUGUCAACGCUUAAUGGAUACGAUGAGGACUUGCGGUAUGCGGCCCGUCCAAUCUCGCACUGGCUGAGUGCUGAAAACUGAAUGUGGGCCGCUCUGCGGCUCCCACUCCAACUCCCGCCAUGGGAAAUACCUCCACCAAAUUCCGUAAAGCACUUAUCAGUGGAGAUGAAGGCCUGGCUUGUCAACUCUAUGACAACAACCCCCAAUUUAAAGAGGCUCUGGAGCCCAAUGCAUCUUAUGGGGAGCCCUAUCAACACAACACACCCCUGCACUACGCCUCACGCCAUGCCAUGAUGCGCCUCAUCAGGUCUUUCCUUUUCUCCAAAGAUGGCAACCCCAACAAGUGCAACAUUCACAAUGAGACGGCGCUGCACCUGCUGUGCAUGGGCCCGCAGAUCCUGCUGGGUGAGGGGGCGCUGCAGCCGCGGUUCAGCCGCCCCCAGGAGGACGAACAGAACCGGGCUGAGUGCCUCCAGAUGAUCCUGCAGUGGACCGGAGCCAAGCUGGACCAGGGCGAGUAUGAGAGAGCCAACGUCAAUGCCACCGACAACAAAAAGAGCACCUGCCUGCACUACGCGGCGGCUGCUGGCAUGAAGAACUGUGUUGAGCUAUUAGUGAAGAACGAUGCAGAUUUGUUCAUGGAGAACGAGGACAGGGAGACGCCGUGUGACUGUGCGGAGAAACAGCAUCACAAGGAGCUGGCGCUCAGUCUGGAGUCGCAGAUGGUUUUCUCUCAGGAUGCUGGAGCUCAGGAGAUAGAAGCAGAGUAUGCCGCCCUUGACCGACGAGAGCCAUAUGAGGGAUUGAAACUUCAGGACUUGCGUCGGCUGAAGGACAUGUUGAUAGUGGAGACGGCGGACAUGCUGCAGGCUCCUCUCUUCACGGCUGAGGCGCUGCUGCGAGCUCACGAUUGGGACAGGGAAAAACUUCUGGAGGACUGGAUGUCUAAUGCAGAGGACUGCUGCCAGCGCUCAGGUAUUCAGAUGCCAACUCCCCCACCGAGUGGCUACAAUGCUUGGGACACUCUGCCUUCACCUAGAACUCCCAGAACAACUCGUUCCUCCGUCACCUCCCCUGAUGAGAUCAGCUUGCUCUCACCUACUGAUGGCCUUGCCCUGUGUGGAAUUUGCAUGUGCACCAUAUCUGUGUUUGAGGACCCUGUGGACAUGUCGUGUGGACACGAGUUCUGCCGGGCAUGCUGGGAAGGGUUUUUGAAUCUGAAGAUCCAGGAAGGGGAAGCACAUAACAUCUUUUGCCCUGCUUAUGACUGCUUCCAGCUGGUUCCCGUGGAGGUCAUUGAAAGCGUCGUCUCCAGAGAGAUGGAUAAGCGCUACCUGCAGUUUGACAUUAAGGCUUUUGUGGAUAAUAAUCCUGCCAUUCGCUGGUGCCCCGUAGCCAGAUGUGAAAGAGCCGUACGACUGACUAGGCCAGGACCUGGAGCCUCUGACACUCGGAGCUUCCCCUUGCUCAAAGCCCCCGCUGUAGACUGUGGGAAAGGCCAUCUCUUCUGCUGGGAGUGUCUUGGUGAUGCUCAUGAACCCUGUGACUGUGAGACAUGGAAGAUGUGGCUGCAGAAGGUGUCUGAAAUGAAGCCUGAAGAAUUGGCUGGUGUGAGCGAAGCUUAUGAAGAUGCUGCCAACUGCCUGUGGCUGCUCACCAACUCUAAACCUUGUGCCAACUGCAAAUCCCCCAUCCAGAAAAACGAAGGCUGUAAUCACAUGCAGUGCGCGAAGUGCAAGUAUGAUUUCUGCUGGAUUUGUCUUGAGGAAUGGAAGAAACACAGCUCCUCUACCGGAGGAUACUAUCGAUGUACGCGCUACGAGGUCAUCCAACAGGUGGAGGAACAGUCCAAGGAAAUGACUGUGGAGGCAGAAAAAAAGCACAAGAGUUUUCAGGAACUCGACUGUUUUAUGCAUUACUACACACGAUACAAGAACCACGAACACAGUUACCAGUUAGAAGAACGACUCCUGAAAACAGCCAAAGAAAAGAUGGAGCAACUGAGCAAAGCUUUCAUUGGAAGGGACGGAGCCCCACCUGACACCACGUUCAUUGAGGACGGUGUGCAUGAACUUCUCAAGACCCGACGCAUCCUUAAGUGCUCUUAUCCAUAUAGUUUCUUCUUGGAGCCCAAAAGCACAAAGAAAGAAAUAUUUGAACUUAUGCAGACUGAUUUAGAGAUGGUCACUGAAGACCUUGCUCAGAAGGUGAACAGGCCUUACCUCCGCACCCCUCGCCAUAAGAUCAUCAGUGCCAUGUAUCUGGUGCAGCAGAAGAGACGGGAGUUCUUGGCCUCUGUGGCUCGAGGUGUCGCCCCCAAUGAUUCCCCUGAGGCUCCGCGCCGCAGUUUUGCUGGUGGGACGUGGGACUGGGAGUAUCUGGGAUUUGCCUCUCCUGAGGAAUACUCCGAGUUCCAGUACAGACGGAGACACAGGCAGCGGCGUCGGGGAGACCUGCUCCGACUGCACAGCCUCCGCAGUAACACCCCUGAACCCCACGACUCCACUGACAACACUUCAGAAACACAUGAGGGAGGCAAUUCACAAAGGCAUGGGAUCUCCAUGGCACUUGGUUCCCUGGAUGACGAUGACCCCAAUAUUUUGCUGGCUAUUCAGCUGUCCCUACAGGAGUCCGGGCUGGCCUUGGACCCCGAGCCUCAGGAUGUGCUCAGUAACGACGCCUCUGUAGGUGCCAGUGGUUCCUCUCUGUCCUCUAGACUGGAUUCUGCCCCCCAUACUGCGGAUCCUCCCCGGGCUUCCAUGAGCAACUCUGAGCUUCUGGAGCUGGGAGACAGCCUUAUGAGACUGGGCAACAUUACCAGCCACUAUACACCCUUUAACAUGAGUUCCUACCCUGAUGCCUUCACCCCGAGUGACCCGGACUGCCUGGACCCUUCCACCAACGCCAACCUGCUUGGCAACAUUAUGGCCUGGUUCCAUGAUAUGAAUCCACAGAGCAUUGCACUGAUUCCCUCAGCCACCUCGGAUGCCGGUCCCGAGCCACCCGCUUUUGGAGAGGGACAGUCUGCCAAAGCCCAGGACGAGGAGAACGAAGUGGGAAGUCCUGAGCAAAGCUCCCUAUCGCUGACAAAAGAAAGUACAGAUAUGUUGGCGACGCAGCUUUUGGAGCUAGAAUGUGUGGAUGAUGUACAACCUCCUAAAGCAGAGUCCUCCUUAGAGGAUUCGGGCGGCAGUGUAGAUCACACUAGUGCAGUUUGUCCUGAAAGCAGCGCUGAUCCGCAGGUAACCGACCUCUCCUCAGAGUGGGAGGAAGAAGUGCACCUAGUGUGAGGAAUGAGUCCAAUUACGUUUACCAACUGAGUGCUCUUAUUGUGCCAAAACACUAAAUAAAAGCAAAACUGUUUGUGCAAAAAUGGAGACGUGUGAACGAGGUGCAGUGGGGUUAGAUGGGACUUGUCUCGUCUGGUGGAAGAAAUGAGAAAACAUGCUCAGAUUCAAGCUUAUGAAAGUAGAUGAGAGAAGAGUGGGCCUCAUUCACUAACCGUAUUUGUGUGUGUAUGAAUGUUUUUGCACAGAAAUCAUAGUUCAUCAAAACGUUUGCACUUUUUUUCCUACAAUUUAGAACCAACUAAAACGGCAUGCAUGUAAAAAUCAGCAAAUCAGCCCUAAAAACGUGCUUUUAAACCGAAAUGUUUUAUAUUUAAUUGAAAAUUUGACCUGAGAAUUUAACAAAAGAGAUGUAGCAUUAAAGAAUUCCGAGCAUUAUAGUUUGAUCUGGACUAGUUUCUGCAUAAAAAGCUGUUUUUAGGCCUAUAUAAAGAUCUAUUGUGUACAAAAAACCUCUAAAUGGAGAUGUUUAGGAUGCUAAUUAUUAACUUUAGGCACAUUUAUGUAGGAUAAUCUGGAUUUAUCAACAUUAGAAAGAGUGUAAGAGCAAAUUUAUGUGCAUACCUGUUGUGAAUCGUGGAAAUUUUGUGAGAACUUUUUCUGUGCACGUAAGAACACACGGUUGUAAGUGAAUGUUGCAAUGAAAUGGAGGUAGUGCCAUCUUUUCUUCCGUAUUGUGAUGUACAUCUGAGUGAAAUGGAUUAUUGGAAAAGGGAAAAAAUGUAGGGCGGGGACUUUUAUAUCCAUUGAUUGGAUGGAGGCAGAUCUGAACGCAAGCUUGCGGAUGUUUGCAGUGUUGCCAAGUCCGAUAUUUUCCCGUGGAAUUGGGCUACUUUUACACUGUUGCCGCGGGUUGGUUUUUUAGUCCGACAUCCCCCCGGGAACUCAAUUUUUACCCCCCACUAAUGCAAUUGGGCUGGUUUUGUUACGCAAACCUGGCAACCCUAGUCGUUUGUAAGAAAGCAGCGGGGUUUAAGUGGAUUUAAUGAUUGGAGAAGGCUAGCAUACAUCACCAGAAAAAAGUCAAGUCAUCAAAAAUCAUUUUCAUCUGAAGAUAUGACAUCUUGACUAAAAAUGAUGAGGUCAAAAGAAAAAGAAAUUAUGGACAGAUGAAUUGUCCACAAUAAGAUCAAUAACGUGCAUAUAGAAAUCUUUCAUUUCAUGCUGACUUUUUUGUCCAUCUCCAGAAAUCAUGCUGUGGGUGCCAUGUAUUAGAUUGGAAAUUCAUUCUUUCUUUUAAAGAGGUGAAAUAUGAAUUUUUGACAGUAGUAUCUUCAUGAAAAGAAAAAAAAAGGAAUGUUUACAUGCAGAAGAAAAUACAUGAGUUUGUGAAUGCAUUGAUCCACUGUUUCUGGACUCUUGUAGUUACUGUGAACAGUGUGAAGUCAUCAGUAAGACCUGAACCUUUUGCUUUUCAUGAGUUCUUUUAUUCUACAGCAGCCCUUUUAUUUAGCAAAGCUUUAUUUCAAAACACUAAUGUUCUUUUUAUGCCAUAUUUAAUGCAAUUGGUGCGUACAAUGCACAUUUCACAUGUUAUAAAUGAGUGUUUGAGUGUGAAAUGUUGUUUGUUGAAAACUUCAACAUAUUGUCCUGCAGAAGACGUUGUUUCGCUUCAGAAAGGUAACACUUCAUGUAACUGAAAUUGUGAUAGCAUUGUCUAUUGUGACUACUACACACAACACCUCCGAUAUCCAGUGUUGUGUAUCUCAUGUAUAAUGCAUAUAUAUGCAUAAAGACACUCCACUGGUCUUCUGAAGCAAUAGAGAGAUAAAAACAGUGGUUUUCCUGAUUUUGUUUGUGUGCCACUCAGUCAGACACAUAGGAAGUCGUUAUCUUAAACAACAAAAACAGUUAUAUUAGCUCUCAUAUGUGGCCAAACAGAUGAUAAACUAACCUUCUUUGCUGAAGACCUUCCCUGACAAAACAUACUGUGCAGUAAGAAUACUCCAGGUUAAAUGCAGUUUAAGAUUUAUAGACAGCAUCUGUGGCAUGGUAUUGAGUACCACUUAAUUUUUUGUACAAAAAAAAAAAAGUAAUGCAUGAUGCUGUCCAUAUCUUAAAGUGUUAUUUAAACCAGAAUAUUAAUCUAACAGUCAUAAAUACUGUAGUUUGAUUUCUAGUACUGAUACAUAACUGUUGGAAGGUUUUUAGAUGUGAGGAAGAGAUUGUUGUUUUGUGUUUUUUUUUUUUUAGAUACUACUGUGCUCAUCAGUGUGCCUUUUUUGUACUUUUUCUUAUUUAUAUACAUGUUGCCUAAUUAAGUUAGUGUUUGCUGUGUCAAUCAAAUACAAUCAACCUUACAUAUUAAUUUUCCCCCUGAAUAGAUAGUCUUUGUUUCAUGUUGACGACAGCCUUGUGUUUUCUAUUACACUGAAUUGGUUGCCAUGUUUUGAUUUCCUGUCAUUACAGUUAGUAUGGCUCUACAGAGGUGUCUUUUAAUGACAGUAUGAUAUAAGGGAAAGAAAGAAUAGGCUUUUUUUUCCUCAGAUAAAAUUUACAUUGGAUGUGAUGACCAGUUUUUACAUCUUAAUCUGACCAUUGUGUGUAAAAAUGGAUGAAGUUUGAAUUUUUUGUUUCUUUUACUGAAGUAUUUAUGGUGGUGGUAUUUUUUUUAUUUUUUAUUUUUUGGUAAUUUCAUUUGAUUUUUUUUUUUUUUUUUUUAAACAUGACCAUUAACCUUGAAUUGUCAUUUGCACAUUCAUAGACUAUACUUGAUACAUUCCCAGUUUGUAUGAUGUGUAGCCAAUAAACAGAAAGUAUUGGUAAAGGUUUGCUCGGAUUAAAAAGUUUAAAAUAGUCCUCUUAUUUGUUGUGGUUCAUGAAAAACAAAUACUGUACUUGCUUUCUUUAAAUUAAAUGACAAUGAACAGCG